UCAAAAACCAGUUGAACUGAAGGUGACCGCUUAUUUCAUUCAGCUCAGUUCUCGUUGCCGUUCGGAGGAACAGACCGUCAAAACAAUGGACAUUGACGAAUAUGACUUGUAUACAGCAGGCACUGAGGGUCAAGAUGCUGGACCAUCUCUGGAUGACAUCUAUCAGCCAUACUUCCUGUCAGAGGAGGACAUUUAUACAGCUGGUGAUGAAAUGCCACAACCCUCAGCACCACUGGAUAUCGCUAAAUUUAAAAUCAAAGUGGACUGGACAGAACCAUUUCCAGAGAGAUGGAGAGCUAGAUUACAGAAAGCCCUUCAGAGCUGGUUGUCCAGACUGGAAGGAACAGCAUCAGUCCACAGCGUUAAACUCAUGGAUGAUCCAUCAUGUGCAGAGGUGCAGAUAACACCAUCAACAGCUCUAAAGAUUUUAAAAUAUCACAGAACUGCAUCUCUUCACUUUAAAAAUGUUAAGGAUGGUAAAGUUAAAGGAGAUAAGGAGGUGACUGCACAGAUUUAUCUGGAUGAAGCAGAUUCUGUGACUGUACAAAUGUCCCUGCUGGAGGAGAACAAAGCUCCAUCAUCAAAGGUGAACAGAACCAAACCUGUGACUUCAGUAGUAUCAGAAGACACAAACAAUAGUGAGGAUGUUGCAGCGAACAGAGCUUCAAAUGAUGCUGAGAUCUCAAAAACAUUUGAAAGGACCCCAGAGACCUCAGCUGUAUUUACUGCCCCCCUCCAUCAGUUCUGGUACAUGCUUCAUGCUUACAGAAAGGAGGUAGAGAAAAUUGAGAAACAACAUGGAGUCAUUAUGCAUGCAGAAGUGUCAGUCUCAUUAAUAUCCACCCAGAAUUCAAGCCCUGAUUCUGUCUCCAAAGCCUCUGAGGACUUUCAGAAUCUUGUCACUGAUUGUGUGGUUAAUUUUAGUGAUGCUGCCAUUAAUCAUAAUGACAUGAAUUCAGAUAUUGUGAAGCAGGCAAUUCGUACCAUCCAGUCAGAGGAGGCAAAGUUGAUGCUGACCAUGUCUGCCAGCGACUGCCGGUUCUUUGGACCAAAUAAAAUUACAGACAUGAUUAAAAGAGAGACAACAAGAGUGGAUCAACAAUUCAAAGACAAAUCAAAUGAAAUGGAUGUAGAAAACAACGUUUCUCCACAAAGCAGGUUUUCACUGGACAUGGACACUAAGGACCUUCCAACUCAACUUGAGAUGGACAAGGUUCAUUGGGAUCUGAUGAAUCUUUCCUAUAAAGAACAAUUGUCACAACUUGAAACAAAGUAUGGAGUGUCAUUUCAUGAAGACAAAGUGCAGAAAAAUGUAAUUGGACCUCUACAACCUCCGAAGAGGCAUCCAAACCCGGGAAACUAUUUUCAUGGCACAUCACGUCAUGCAUACUUGCCUGACAACCAUGAAGGAAAUGAAGUGCUCGCACUGCUGCAGAGGGCUUUUGAUCAGAAACUGAUCUUUACUGUUGGGACCUCUACAACCUCCGGUUUAGAGAAUGCUGUCACCUGGAAUGAUAUUCAUCAUAAGACCAAUACACACGGCGGGCCUCUAAAGUAUGGCUAUCCAGACCCUGGCUACCUGAAGAGAGUAAAGGAUGAGUUGAAGGCCAAAGGCAUUGAAUGAAGAUUUUAUUGAUGUUCCCAAAUGCACAUCUAAGCCAAAUGUUUACAAAUAAGCCAUUGAUUGAUUAUGAUAUU